AAACAAACAAGAAGGGUAUUGUGGUAACUACAAACUUGAUCAGAAGCUUUCUGCUGCUGCCAUUAAAAGCCCACCAAGUUCAUCGUCCUACGAAGAGAAGAAGAGGGAAGGAAGAAAAAAAGAAGAAGAAGAUUCUCUUUUGUUAUCCUACAAACCCAUAAAUCAUUUCCUCUCAAUUUUCCAUUUCAAUUUUUGUAAAAAACUCAUCUCUUAAUCGUUCUUCUUCUGAGUGAUGGGUGUGAGCUGCCGUUGUUCCCACACUUCACACAUCACUGAAAUCAUAAUCACCAGCUUUUUUCGCCAUAAGCCUUAAGAUUAACCCGCACAAUUACAGACCCACUGGAUAAAUUUUAUCCCUUUUUCUUGAUGGCUGUUUGAAAAGAAGGAAUCAUUUCUUUUUAUUUAGGCUUAUGGCGGGCCGGAGAGUCUACGGCGGCGACGACGGUGGUAGUAUAAGUGGUGGUUCUUCUAAUCAUAGUGUUUUACUUCAGAAUCGUUGUGGGUCUUUUGCUUCUGAGCCUCUUAAUGCUCUGUUCCUUUCUGGGUCUUCUUCUUCUUCCUCCCCUUCUCUGCUUGAUUGUUCUGGUGCAGGUUCAAGAUCCAUGAUGAGUUUCGAAGAUAUUCGUGGAGGAAACGGAUCGAAUAGAUCGUUCUUUUGCCCGUUAGAUAGUGAAGAUAAUGGGGAUGAAGACUUGGAUGAUUACUUCCAUCAUCCUGAAAAAAAGAGGCGAUUAACCGUUGAUCAAGUCCGGUUCCUCGAGAAAAGUUUCGAGACCGAGAACAAGCUCGAGCCAGAAAGGAAAGUUCAAUUAGCGAAGGACCUCGGUCUGCAGCCUCGUCAGGUUGCUAUAUGGUUUCAAAAUCGCCGAGCUCGGUGGAAAACUAAACAGCUGGAGAAGGACUACGAGGCUCUUCAAUCCAGCUAUGGAAGCCUUAAGGUUGACUAUGAAAACCUACUCAAGGAGAAGGAUUCACUAAAAGCUGAGAUUCUUCUCCUAACAGACAAGCUGCUACACAAAGAAAAAGAAAGAGGAAACUCUGUGCUGUCUGAAGUUGACAAAUUUGGUGAAGAAUUACCACACAAUCUGGUUGCUGAUUCAAAUUUGGAGGAUGAAGUUUCCAAAUCUUCAAAGCUGGGUUGUAAGCAAGAGGAUAUCAGUUCAGUCAAAAGUGAUAUAUUUGAUUCAGAUAGCCCACACUACACUGAUGGGGUUCAUUCUUCACUUCUAGAGCCUGGAGAUUCUUCCUAUAUUUUCGAUCCUGAUCAGUCCGACUUAUCGCAGGACGAAGAAGAUAACUUGGGAAGGAAUCUAUUGCCUCCUUAUAUCUUCCCAAAGCUCGAAGAUGUCGAUUACUCUGACCCGCCCACAAGUUCUUGUAAUUUUGUAUUCCCCAUUGAAGACAAUGCCCUUUGGUCCUGGUCUUUGUGAGUCUUUUUCCAUGUGCUUUCCUUUACCAUCUUCAUUACCUAAAACCAUGUUUUUCUAGUAAUUUUAAGUCUAAAUCCAAGCAAUGGUAGCUCACGGCCAUAUGUCGAUCCUAGCCGAGCCGGGUUUAGUUUCUGUCGACGAUUUCGAUCCAUCCUGUAAUCUUCUUGGGUUUUGGUCGAGGGUGGUUUUUAUUGUUAAAUAAUCCUUGUUUCCUUUUGAAUGUGAUUAAAUAAUAUCUUCUCAAUUAUGUUGCCACCUUGAAGGGAUGCUGUUCAUUCACCCUAUCAGCUUGUUGUUGCUUUUGAAGAUGUUAAGGUUUUUCAAAUUGAAUGCCAUU